AUGAGGAUAGCUACUACCAAUAUGCUAGCUUGCAAACCCAAAAAGACAGAGCGUAUUACAUGGACACCUUAUCUUCGAGAAUAUAUUUCAAAUGGUUAUGCAGAGCAUCCUGAUCUUUAUACAGAUGAUUUUAGAUUAUUAGAUGAGUUGAGGAACGAUUGUAUUUAUAUUGAAGCAAACGAAAAGUCUUUAAACAGACUCAUAAAGUAUUAUGCUCAACUUGUAUUCAUUAGUACUAAAUUUCCUAUUGAUGUAUUAUAUAUAUUUUAUAUCUAG